GCCUCCUCAGUCUGCAUACCGUUCCCCUGUCCCAGCCAAAACAAGCGGCCCACAGACAAGCGGACAUAUCUGACCAGGUCGCAACAAUACAAGCCAGCAACUUUUACAAACGACACUUUCCUAUUGACGUUCACGUUUCUGCAACGGUUUAAGGACGGUGUCAUGGUCGGAGCAGGCGGGGUUUUCCGGGCCGCGGUAGAUACGGUCUCGUAGAUUCAGGAGUUUUUGGAAAUGGCUUCGAGCUGCAACGCAACGUAGACGGACAGCGCACAAAGGGAGCUCGCAGGGCGCACAGCGCCAGCUAUACAUCCGCUAUGGAGUAGGCGGUGCCGUUAGCCGUGCUGCCCCAGGGCCGUUCUACCGACCGAAUCUCACCGAGCGGAGCCAUGGCCGUGUCGCUAAUGCAGGCGUGCCGCAGCCUGGCCUUGUCAACCUGGCUUGUCUCCUUCUGCUUCGUCCAUCUGCUAUGUCUAGAUUUCACCGUGGCCGAGCGCGAGGAGUGGUACACGGCGUUUGUAAACAUCAGCUACAUGGACCCCGCGACCGCGGAGGCACGGUCUGAGAAAACGGAGUGCGGACGCUACGGGGAACACUCUUUAAAACGUGACGCCCGCGGAGUGGUGGUGCUACCGGCUGUCCCGCACGACAGACAAGCCUGCGACCCCAACACCCGGUUCUCGGUGCCCGCUCACACCAGCUCGUGGAUUGCUUUGAUAUCUCACGGUAACUGCUCGUACAAGGAGAAGAUCCGCCACGCUGCAAGUCAGAACGCGUCCGCCAUCGUCAUAUUCAACGUGGGAUCCACUAACGCCAACGACACGAUCACCAUGCCCCACUCAGGGAUGGGGGACGUGGUAGCCAUCAUGAUCCCAGAGCCUAAAGGUCGUGAGGUCGCCGCCCUGCUGGAGCGGAACGUCACGGUAACCAUGCACAUCACCAUAGGAACGCGUAACCUGCAGAAGUACGUGAGCAGGACGUCAGUGGUGUUCGUGUCCAUCUCGUUCAUCGUGCUGAUGAUCAUCUCCCUCGCCUGGCUCGUCUUCUACUACAUCCAGAGGUUCAGAUACGCCAACGCUCGCGACCGCAACCAGAGACGCCUGGGGGAUGCAGCUAAGAAGGCCAUCAGUAAACUGCAGAUACGCACCAUCAGGAAGGGAGACCAGGAGACGGAGCCAGACUUUGAUAACUGUGCCGUGUGCAUCGAGGGUUACAAGCCCAACGACGUGGUCAGAGUUCUACCCUGCAGACAUGUGUUCCACAGGGGCUGUGUGGACCCGUGGCUGCAGGACCACCGUACCUGCCCCAUGUGCAAGAUGAACAUCCUGAAGGCCCUAGGCAUCGCUUUGAAUGCAGACUGCCUGGACGACCUCCCCCUGGAGUACGAGGCCUCCCUGGGGGGCGUGGGGGUGGGGGGGCUGGCGUUGGAGGUGCUGGUGUCGGGGGGCUCCAGCGAGGGGGCCCUGGGCGAGGGGGCCCUGGGCGAGGGGGAGGGGGGGGUUCUGGACCCGGGGGUGAGGAGGAUGGAGCUGCCCCAGGACUAUCACGACCCUGACACUCUGAGGGAGUCACCUGUCACCGCCACCACUGACACACACACAGGUGAGCUCCAGCCAAUGGCCAGUAGUGCCUCCCUGGCCUCCCUGGUGAUCGCUGUGGAAACGGGCCUGUCGGACGAGGAGCUGUCUUUGGGGCCGCCCCUCCUUGGAGAGAAGUCCUGAGGGGGGGGCUGGUCCUGAGGGGGGGGGGGGGCUGGUCCUGAGGGGGGGGGCUUGGGCCAGGCCAGAGAGAGACAGGAACAGACUGUUGACAUGAACAUGCUUACCUGAGACCUGACCUCACCUGGCUUGAUGUUGGAGGAGAUUAUCUAGGCUGACCCUGUCCAGGUGGGCCCUUCAGAAGGUGUGUUUACCUGUCUGGAACACAGUCUCACCUGGAUGGGGGUCUGGAACACAGACUCACCUGGAUGGAGGUCUGGAACACACUCACCUGGAUGGGGGUCUGGAACACAGACUCACCUGGAUGGAGGUCUGGAACACAGACUCACCUGGAUGGGGGUCUGGAACACAGACUCACCUGGAUGGAGGUCUGGAACACAGACUCACCUGGAUGGAGGUCUGGAACACAGACUCACCUGGAUGGGGGUCUGGAACACAGACUCACCUGGAUGGGGGUCUGGAACACAGACUCACCUGGAUGGAGGUCUGGAACACAGACUCACCUGGAUGGAGGUCUGGAACACAGACUCACCUGGACACACCUGACUCACCUGGACACACUGACAGGAGUUUCACCUGAUCUAAUUGAACACCAAACUAGAACUGCAUUCCUUUUAUGGCCUGGACUUUUAUUGUGAAAAGAGCGCUAAGGACUCUGGGAGAUGUAGUACAAUGUGCCAGGCUGACAUCUUUUCUUUUCUUUCUGUGUUUUUGACCUAUAAAUGGACUGUAACAUUGUAACAGUGUACCACAUGGUGUUGUCAUGGUUACGCACCAGUGUUGUAUUGAACUGCAGUAAUUUCUGGUUUAUAUGUGAAUAUUAACCUAGAUCCUAUAUCUAUACCAUUUAUUGUACGUUUUUUCCUUUUUCUCUUUUGCCUCCCUGUCUGUGUGUGACGGUUGCCUUGUUUGUUAGUGUGACAGAAGUGCGUCUAUAGUUGUGAAUGAAAUGCCUUUUUAUACAGGCAGCUCUGUAGACAGCCCCUGGUGACAAUCACAAAACAUUCUAGGGUCCUCGACAUGGCGAUUUGUUGAUUUGUAACUUUGAUAAGUGUUCUGACCAAUAGGAUAUGGUUACCAUAGCAGUAUCUUUCAGUGACCAAUCAGGAGCCAGCCAGGGCCUCAGAUGUUUGGAAGCCAACCAACAUGGUUGUGUGGAAUAUUGUGGGUGGAGACAGUUCCCACAACCAAUCAUGAGGUAGCAUAGGCAGCGCUUAGAAUCAUGAGGUGUUCUGUGUUAGGUUGACAAGAAGUGGCUUGUUUUUAUCUUUUGUAACAGGAGGGUUACAGACAAGUAGUAGAGCCUAACCAACAUCUUAACAUCUUGACACAGAAACAGAGACAGAGGGAGGGAAGGAGUUGUCUACUAUUUUGAUAUCAGAGGAUUAGAAUGUUUAUUUUUGUAAUCCCACUCAGUGUUAUUGAUGAACCUGAUCCCUCCUGAUUAGGAGUGCUGGUGAUUUGCGACUGUUCCCCCCCCCCCCCCCCCCGCAGAGUUGAUCAGAUGGUACAGAACUUCCUGGUCCUAACUUCCAGUAGGAUGGAGCCUAACUUCCUGUAGGACGGAGGCUGACUUCCUGUGGACGGAGGCUGACUUGCCUUGGCAGAACUGUAGGAUUUAGGAGCCUCCUAGCAUCCCUCUGAGCUGCCAGAACCUGCAGUAAUGAUGUCCUCUCAGCUGCCAGGACCUGCAGUAAUGCUUGUAUGCUACUCUAUUACAGCUCCUGCUUUUUGUUCCCAUCUCCUCUCUGAUUGGUUCCUGUGAUGCACUUUAUGAGAAGGUACGUUUGUAUUAAGGGCAGCUCAGGUGGAUGAGGUUAGUUUUAAAUUGUACUUUUUUUUAUGUUUACGGCAAAAGUCCAAAAGAGAGAAACUCCACCCACCUGGGCUGCACCGGGCUGGCAAAACAUGGGUAUUAUGGGAGUCAUUGUCGUGACAAUGGCCCCAUUUGGAUGUGUCAGGAACCAUGGUAACCAGUUUGCCAUGGUGUGGGAUUGGUGUUCUAUGGUCUUGAGGAUAACCAGACAUAUGACUGUCCUGUGUGCACACACACACCUGGUGUCCACACACACACACACACACCCUGGUGUACACACACACACACACACACCUGGUGUACACACACACCUGGUGUCCACACACACACACACACCUGGUGCACAUAGCAGGCGUGAUAGCAGUGUUUAAUAUGUAAGGUGUUGCACGCGUUGUCAGUCAGCUUGACUCUUGAGUUUCAAUAAACUUAAUUGGAAGUUUGUUCUUUUUAAACAAAA